AUGUUCUGUCUCUUCUACGAAAGCAAGACCGGUAAAGUACGCGGACUGAACGGGUCUGGCCGUAGUCCCAUGAAUCUCACGCUUGAUAUUGCGCGGAGAAAUCUGGAGAUUUCACCUGGCCAAAGUGGUAAUAUUCCGCUUAACAGCGUAUUGGCUGUCACGACACCGGGGGCAGCGGCUGGAUGGGUAGACACUUUGGGAUGGUUUGGUAGCGGGAAGCUUUCACUGGCGGAGGUGUUAGAGCCUGCCGUCUCUCUUGCCGAGGACGGAUUUCCAGUUUCUGAGAUCUCUGCGAGAUUGUGGCAGGAGAACGAGCAGUCACUGCGAGAGGCGUCAUCCAAUUUCCGCGAACUUCUCAAACCCGACACCAGAGCGAAGGACGGAGUUCGCGCCCCCUUGGCCGGAGAAAUUAUGACAAACCCAAGCCUUGCACGGACAUUCCGUACACUUGCUACGCAGGGAAAGGAUGGCUUCUACCGAGGCGCAGUCGCGGAUGCUAUUGUCAAGGCAGUGGAAGCUCGUGGUGGGUUCCUCUCCCACGCAGACUUGGUCUAUCAUGUCCAUAUGGGUACCGCAGAGACCGACCCGGUUCGCGUUCAGUUUAAUGGAAAUGUCGAUGUCUGGGAGCACCCACCGAACGGCCAAGGUCUCGUUGCUCUCAUGGCCCUGAAAUUGUUGGAGGAGUUAGAACGCACCGAGCAAUUAGCUUCCUUCGCGAGCCUCCGCCACAACUCCGCAGACUACAUCCAUGCACUUAUAGAAAUCUUCCGCAUCGCCUUUGCCGAUGGGACGUGGUGGAUAGGGGAUCCGACCUUCUCUAAAACACCUGAACUCUUGUCCGAAGCCUAUAUAGCGGAACGAGCCCGGCAUUUCAGUCCGACCCAGGCUUCAGAUACCAUGACGCACGGCAGUCCCGCCUUCAACUCGUGCGAUACAGUGUACUUCGCCGUCGUAGACAAAGAUGGCAACGCCGCAUCCGUGGUAAACAGCAACUAUCACGGUUUUGGAACCGGCAUUAUCCCGCGUGGUUGCGGGUUCACGCUUCAGAGCCGUGGCGCCAAUUUUACCUUAGUGCCGGGACACCCUAACGUACUUGCUCCUGGCAAGAGGCCGUAUCACACGAUUAUACCGGCCAUAGCUACGAACCCAGACGAUGGAUCGUUACAUACGGUGUUCGGGAUUAUGGGUGGAUUCAUGCAACCCCAGGGACAUGUGCAAUUAUUGAUCAAUAUGCUCGUUUUCGGGAUGGAUGCCCAGAAGGCACUCGAUGCCCCAAGGGUCUGUAUUGGGCCUAUGGGCCAUUUUGGGUCGGCGAGCGUGUAUGACAGAACGGUUUACAUAGAAGAGGGGGUAGAUAUGUUGGUUGUGGAAGAGCUUAGAAGGCGAGGCCAUGUUGUUCGCAUGAUGCACGGGUGGGAUAGAGAGGUUUUUGGUCGAGGACAGGUCAUACGGGCUGUUCAUGGUGACGGUGGGCAGACGGUUCUUGAAGGUGGAAGUGACUUCAGGGCUGAUGGCAUGGCCCUGCCGGCGUAGACCUUUCUGUCAGAGCCUAGUACAACACAUUGUUGUAUGAUAGGUGCUCGCUUGUAGUCUCAGAUGACGCUAUGCAUAGAACCCGUGUUCGUU